AAUUAGAUAGUCUAAUGUCAUUUAAUUUGUUUAUAAAUAUUUAAAUUUUAUAACCAAAAACCCCUAAAAGUCUAUUAGCUUGUUUUCCAAAUUUUUUUACAUAAACAAUGUUAUUUCCCAGAAAAUAUAUUAACUCCUGAAGUUCAUUUUUAUUGUGAAGUAAUUAUGGCUGAUAAGACACAAUAACAGCAAUACGCCAAUGAGACUCACAAUGAGGAAUCUCCCAAAAUACAUACCUGCAAUUGAGAAGAAAGCAGGACCAUGAAGACACUGCAUAUGUACUUUGCAAGUUCACACAAAGGCGAAAAAAGAAAUAAUAAGAAACAGGAUACAUGUGUGAGGAGUGCAGAGUUGAAUUGCGCAUGACAUCAUGUUAUAACGAUUUCCACAAGCUUAAAAACUAUUAAAAAAGUAUAAGUUACAGUGACUGUACAUAGUGUAAAUAAACAAUAACUUGUUCUAGGAUAUAAAUAAACAAUACAACUGUACUCCAGUUACCUAGCUUUAGCGUAAGCAUUUGUAUUGGAUAUCCACUAAACUAGACAAUGAUCAAAAAGAGAUCUAAAAAGAUUCUGUUCUCUAAAACACAGUCAAAAACACCCCCAAAACUCAUGGAAGAAGAAUUUUAUUCAGAAAGUGUAACAACUGAACCUAAUCUGCAAAAAAUGAGAAGGCCUAGCAAAAACCCUGUGAGUAAACGAAAAGACAAAUUCAGAAAACAAUAUGAAUAUUCUGAGUUUGAAGAUCCUUACGAUGAGUACACUGAUGGAUAUGACCGGUAUCAGAACAACAUGUUGUCCGAGGGAUAUGAAGAUUACACAACAGAGGAUUCAUACAGGUACAGACACAGACCAGGACACAGUAGAAUGUACAUGACUGAGACUGUCACAGAGGAUUAUGAUUCAGAUGACAGGUGGAAAUCAGAAAGAGAAGUGAGAGAUGUGGACAACUGGAGAGAGAUGACGGAGCCAUACAUGUCAGAUCUUGCUUCUGAGGAUAGUUACCAAGAACAGCAUCUGAGAGGAAGAAAGGAGCGCAGUUACGACCACAAAAGAAGAAAAGAUUUUGCAGAUUCAACAGAAAAUGAAACAAGUCUGUACGGAGGAGAGUAUAAUGUCUUUGUUGCCGAUGAACCAGUAGGUCAUCAGGUUUUUAGAUAUAAAAGAGAAUCAUUACACCGAGCAAAACAUACUGAAAGUUCUGAUACAAGUGAUUCUGAAUCAGUUACAGAGAAAGAUGUGACUGAGUCUACAACAACAAAUAAUAAAAAGUACACAGUUUACGCAGCAGAUGUGGGACACUCUGCUCAUGGGGCCUUUCAAAGGGAACAGACUAAAAAGAAAGUCCUGUCGACUAGCAAGUAUGAAAAUGGGGAUCCACCUAAAGCAAUUGGACAGGAAACAAUGACAAGGGAGCUACACAAAAUACAAUCUGAAAUCGUUUACUUGCCAGUCUUAAUGCUAGACAAAACUGCUAAAUCAAAGCUCAUAUCCUCUGGAUCCAUCAUAAAGCAAACUGGUGAACAGCCAGAAAAACCUCUUGAGUCAAAGAUGCAAGUUUAUGUUGCCCAAGAUAUGGAACAGAACAACAUUUUUGUACAAGCACAACACCCCUCCAUUCAAGAUCCAGAAAUAGUUCAAAACAUAACAGUUUAUAGUGCUGAUCAGGAAGAGUCAUCUCCAAUGAAGCCAAGGCUUUCUAAAAUGUCCUUAAGGCCUGUGAGUAAGGAAAGUCUAGUUCAUCGGCAAAAGUCAAAAGUAAUGAAGCCACAGCGUUCAAUGUCCUUGAGGCCUAGGAAAUACAUACGGAAAGGUGAUCUGGAUCAUAACCCCUACCCAGUCCAGAAAUCUUACAUCAAUAUGUUGUCACGAUUGAAGUCUAAAGAAAAAUCCAACAAAAAAGCUUCAGGAAUUAAUUUUAAACGUUCACUCUCCAGGUUGUCUCAAAAACUGGAUUUGAGUAAAACUGAUCAAACAAAUGUAAAAACUCAAGAAAAUACCAAUCAAAGCAAACACACAAAAAAUACUAAUGACAGCUCAGGACCUGAAGAACCACAUGUAACACAAAAAAUACAUACUUUAAAAAGCUCAUCAUGUACAAAUUUUCGUCCCUCACAUACAAAUAUUCAUACAUCUACAUAUCUAAACUCUUCACCUAUGAAUUUGUACACUACAACACAACAAGAUCAGAAUGUGGAUAUUUUAGCAUCUAGACAAUCAGCUACAAAAAGCAGUUUUGCAGUACCUACUCAAUCCACGAAAGUUAAUAAAAGAUCCAGGGUUAUGUCGAAGGAUAUAAAGAAGGAAGAAGACAUAAGAAAAUCUUUAAAGCCAUCAGAUACUGUUAUGCAACCAGUAACUAGAGAUCCUUUCAUAGAGGAACUCAAACCUCAACCAACACCUGUUAUUGAUCAACAAUGCCAAAUCAGAGAAGUAAAAAAUCAUAAACUAAACAAAAAUAGUGAAUUAAAACUUCAACCACAUAAAGUACUUUCCAGAAAGGCUUCAGGACUUCUGAAAAAAUCUGAGUCAAAACAGCUACAGAAAGUGCUUUCCAGAAAAAGUUCAGGACUUCUAAGGAAAUCUGAGUCAAAAGAAACAAAUACACAUCCCAAAGAAAAAAAAUCAACGAUAUCAAGAAUCUUUGGUAGAAAACAAAAAAAUAAAGAAAUAAAUAAUGAAUUUUUAGAAUUUACCAAUGAAGACUUACCAGAAAACUAUCAUUCAGAAGCAGUAGUAUCAAAUAGUGUGGCUAAUCAACCUCAACAAAGAAAACUUAAAAGAAAACAUACUACAGAAAAACGACCAAAAAUAAUACCAAAACAUGAACCAUCACAGCACUUCAUUGAUAACACUGAUAUUUCUAAAAUUUCAAAACAAAUGUGGGGCGUCAACCAAAACUUUCUCAUUUUGCUUUUCCAGACGGCUCAAUUUUUCUUGGGUCUAUCCAUCCAUGAAAAACUAAUGGAUGUAAUUGCAGCUUUUAAAAGUAAUGAUCAGAUUUCGGCCCCAUACUAACAAUUAAUUUGUUUAUGUACAAAAUGUGGAUAUUUAGAUUUUUCACUCUAUUAUUUAACUCACACUACUGUACAUUAUCUUUCAAACAAUAGAAGUACUGUAAUGUACUAACUUGUGUGAUUUUUCAUAACAAUUAUGAAAUAAACAUUUUAAAUUCAAAUUAUUAUAAGUUAUUUUAAUAGUUGGUGGAAUCUCUACUUUUUGGAAUUUAUCCAUGCACAAACAAUGUAAUGUAUUCUAGAUUAAAUAUGAUAAAUAUAUAACUUUUUAAUUGAUUA